GAGAGGGAUCGAGUCAUCAGGACAGACUCAACCAUCCACAGACUGUGAAGUGCAAGUGCCACAAGGAGACUAUAUUCCUCUAAAAUAAUGGAUGGGACCAAGCCGGCCAUGGAGUCCAACGCGGAGGAGACGCAGGACGAGGGACAGGAGAGCAAAGGAUGCUUCGAGUGCUGCAUCAAGUGUCUGGGCGGGGUGCCCUACGCCUCGCUGGUGGCCACCAUCCUCUGCUUCUCGGGCGUGGCCCUGUUCUGCGGCUGCGGCCACGUGGCGCUGAGCGGCACCCUGACCAUGCUGGAGAACCACUUCUCCACGGUCACCACGGACCACGCCACCCUCGCCAUGGUGAUCCAGAUCUUUCAGUACAUCAUCUACGGCAUCGCCUCCUUCUUCUUCGUCUACGCCAUCCUCCUGCUGGCCGAGGGCUUCUACACCACCAGCGCCAUCAAGAAGGAGCUGCAGAGCGACUUCAAGACCACCGUCUGCGGACGCUGCAUCACGGCCUUCUUCAUGUUCCUGACCUACAUCCUCUUCCUGGCCUUCCUCGCCAUCUUCGGCUUCACGGCAAUACCAGUCUUCCUCUUCUUCAACAUGUGGACCACCUGCGCCGCCAUGAAGGCCCCCAACGCCAACAUCACCUCGCCCGACUCCAUCUGCGUGGACGUCAGGCAGUACGGUGUUAUUCCCUGGAACGCCACUCCGGGAAAAGCCUGCGGAGCCACUCUGGGAGACAUCUGCAACACCAGCGAGUUCUACCUGUCCUACCACCUCUACAUCGUGGCGUUCGCGGGCGCCGGCGCCACCGUCAUCGCACUGAUCCACUACCUGAUGAUUCUGGGGGCCAACUGGGCCUACCUGAAGAGCGCCGUCUCCACGCACGAGUACCAGGACAUCAAGACCAAGGACGACCAGGAUCUGGAGGCCGAGGCGCGCUCCAAGGAGGGCCAGAACUCCUCCUCCUACUCAUAAGGACAUUGUCUCCCGCCGCACCUCCACCCGGAACCUCCCCACCCCCUAAACUCCCACCUCUCACUCACCUGGCAACAACACAAACCCCCGCCCCCACUUCCCCGACUUCCCCAGAUCCUGCAUCCUCUUCCCCUCCACGAGGAGUCGCUGGCUCCCACCAGGCGGGCAAGGGGGGGGGACGGGGACGGGGAGGGGGGGAGCCGUGGCACCCCCAUACACCUCCCUCCCCCAAUGGAGGCAGGCGCUUUCGGAGCGGGAGCGCUGCGGGACGUCGGUUUUCGGAAGCUGCGAUGGGCCCUGAGCCCCGGCACCACCUCUCAAAAAAAAGAAAUAAAAAAAACAUUGUUUCACUGCUUCAGCCGCAGGCGAAGCCGGGCGGCGACCACCGUCCUCCAUCUUUUUUUUGGUGUUUUAUAUGCAUAUAUAUAUGGAUAUGAAUAUAUUGUGCGAAUGUGUACGAAUGUUGUUGUUUUUAAUACUCUCUGGAAAGUAUGACAGGUACUUUUACGACCUUCUUUACGCUCACUGGGUUGGUUGUUCCACCCCCCCCCCCUCCCCCCCUCACCUUAUUCUCCAUUUUGGACUUUUUUAUGGCCAACGUUCAAUACGUGGUUGCACUGUUACCAAUCAAAAAUAUUAAGCAGAAAGCCCCCCACCCCCCACUCAAUACUGAAAUCACGUGGUUUCUAAGAUUAUCAUUGUGCAUUUAAUUCAUCUGCUGAGAGACGUGUAGCAGCCUCCUAACAAGGGAAUAUUUGGGGGAAAUAUGCUUAUUUGCUGUCACGUCAAAGAUGAGACCAAGCUCUAAAAACAGAACACUGUAUGAUGAAACAUCACCAGCGGCAUCAGAGAUGAAUCCAUUCAACACACACCUCAGGAAUCAAAGCCAAUCUGAUUCCAGUCAGUCGUGUUCCUUUUCCAAAAAUCCGACCAUCUAAACACAAACCGCCGUCCUGCGCGAAUUAUACAGUAAAAAGCCGUGUUUCUAGCUUUUUUUUUUUAAUUCCCCCUUUUCACCUGUAGUGCACCUGUAAAUAUCUGAACCGCCCCCAAAGACCAGGAGUCCCACCUCGUCCCUGAAAGGUGGAGGACGCCAUCAGUGCUCCGCCACGGUCCUCUAGUCCUUGAUCCUUUUUUUCCACUCAUGUAAAUGUUCCCUUUUGAGACGUGUGUUCAGCACUCAAAUUACUAGUUCUGCAUUUGAUAUGAUAAUUGUAGUGUAACACCAUAAAUGAAAUGUCGUGAGAGGGAUGCAGUGCAGUUAUGAAAUGACGCGGUGGGUUCAGGUGCUUGUGACGUAUACAUUUAAAAAUGUGAUAAAAAAAAUAUAUAUGGAUUUUUAAUGUUUUAUCAGUUUUAGGCAGCUGAGUUCUUCUUGUGAUUCAGUAAUUAUGAUUUCAUGGACCUUUUUUUGUGCUUCAACAUGUGAGUUGAGAGAAAAAAAUGAACUUUUCUUUUUCUUUCCUUGAGUUCUUUUGACGUCUCGCGUCUCUCGUGAGCCACGGAGGCCGUUCUGGAUGUUUACACUCGGAAAUAAAAGUCAGGAAUUUUCAUACAUUGAUUUUAUAAUCAGAUUUUGCUUAAUAAUCAUGGACUAUAUUCUCUAUUGAUCAUCACUGGUUAGUUUACCCUAAAAAAAAACAAUGAAGAAGACAAAUAUUUGAACUCUGAUGAGAUGAAGCAUGUCAGUAUCGUCCAUGUGUGCAGCUGUCAUUUCUUUAUAAAAAAGGACUAUAUUGCCAUGUGUGUUAUGUUUGAUAAAUAUUCGUACUUUGCCACCAGGUUGAUGUAAAGGCAAACUUCAAUUUCCUGUGAGACGACGCGUGUCGGGGUGUUGUUGUUUCCUCGUUAUUUGCAUGAAGGAGACAUGACUGUGUCUUUGCAGUUUAUCAGGUGAUGUGUAGUCAAUCGUACUGACAACUAUGGUAGGCGGUGUUUCCCCCCCCCCACCUCCACCCGCCCUUUUCUAAAGAAAACUCCAUUGUACUUUGAUGGCAUUGUAGUCCCUGUAGUUGUUUCAUUAUGGUUUGGAUUUUUUAAGUUGGAAAUAGUUCUAUGACUCCUAUUUAGUGAUGAUUUUUGUAACCUUCUCUAGUAAAACCGAUAUUUUUUAUUAUCGUGA